AACUGAACUUCACAUAGCGUGUGUAGUUGUUAGUUGUGCCAACAAAAGGACACAAUGAACAUCAUACAAAAAAUCGUAUUUGGAUUUACUGUAUUUCUGACCGUCUGUGAUAUUGCUUCGUCCGGCCCUCCCCCUAGCUAUAGUGCACAAUCUUAUGUGACAGUCGACGAAACAGUCCAGAUAAACACGGCCUUGUUUACGUUCAAUGUGACCGACGAUGGUGCAAGCAUCUCGGUAGAGCCCGCUGAUGACACAACCAGACGGUUUGUGACAGUGCAUGUAUCCGGUGGCCCGUCACCAUGGACUGUUACUGUCAGAAACAGCAUUCCCUUGGAUAAGGACAUAGCCACUGGAGGACAAAGCUCUAUUGGACUGAGGUUCAGCCUAUCAGACGCGGAUGGAAAUACGAUAGUCACCCGUAUUACAACGCUGUAUCUUACCGACGUUAAUGACAAUGCACCUGUAUUUCUCAACAAGCCAUAUACUUGGUACAUCUAUGAGAAACCAUACAACACUUCAACAUUCUACAAAAUUAACGCAACUGAUUUCGAUAGCAACAGAAAUGGGAGAAUUUCAUAUUUUAUGCAGCCAAAGACAAAUUCCCAACAUACUGCGAGCGAGUACUUGGACGCGUUUUCGAUUGAUAUCGUCUCUGGGAUGGUCCAUCUUCAGAAACCACUUGACUAUGAAACCAAUAACUUUUACCAAUUCACCAUCACCGCAAUGGAUGGAGGUUCACCCCCAUUAACAACUACGACAGACCUAAUCAUAUCAGUACGCGACGUUCAAGACACGGCGCCGUUUUUUACAGGCGGGCCAUACCAUGCCGAGGUACAGGAAGAAGUGCCGAGGGGCACGUACGUUCUAAGAGUAAAUGCAGUUGAUGGCGAUACAGGAAGCCCAAACAACAUUAUCUAUACAAUGUUGAAUAAUACAGGCGACAUCUGCGGCAAUAUGUUCACAAUCGACCAUGAUACGGGAAUGUUUGCAACCUCUUCGUUCAUCGAUAGAGAUUCUGGAAUUAUAAAAAACAACUCGGGGUUUUGCCGUUUCACUGUAUUGGCCACAGAGAACGGAAGUACAUCCAUUACACAAUACGGAAACACAUCGAUAACAACUGAUGUCAUUAUUAAAGUAUUGGACAUCAACGACAAUGCUCCAAUAUUCUCUCAGAAGUUUUAUACUGCAUAUAUACCCGACAAUUCGUCACCCGGAUCAGCAAUAACAGUUGCCAACGAAAUUAUUGUGAAAGACAAUGAUGAGGGAGAUAAUGCGAUGAUGAACAUAACACUGACCUACGCUGACACCGGAUAUCCAUGCCAAGACUUCUAUGUCGAUCAAACAACCAUUUUCGGUGAAGGAUCAAUUUGGAUACGAAUGUCAAAUCAUGCAAAUAUGUCGGAUCUACGCUUCUCAAAAACCAAACAGAUAGUGUUAUGGAUUACUGCGACUGGUCCUCCACCACUGCAGUUUGAAUCUUCUGCUCUUCUGAACAUAACGAUAACGCCUGGUGGAACGUACUUGUGUAAUGGUGGACAUACACAGAAUGUUGCUGUAUCGAGUACUUUCCCCAUAAAUACAACUCCGAUUACAACAUCUCCCUUGCCAGUUCCUGGAAACGGUGAGCAACAGAUUGUGUCCUUAAAUGUCGGCGGUUCAGUCUUUCAAACGUCACUUGCAACUAUUCAAAGAGUACCAGCCAACAGUGUUCUGAUGGCCACUCCCUCGUUCAUUGAUCGAGACCCCACCCACUUCCGUGUUAUCUUGGAUUACCUGAGAGACAAGGGGUCUUUCGAUGCUGGUCGGCUUCCCUCUCAUAUCCUGGACCUGCAUGAAAUAAUUGCGGAAGCGAUGUACUAUCAGCUUGAUGAGCUUGCGCACAUCUGUACGACUAAACUAACUGCAAUGAUUGCGUAAUCAAAAUCGACCAUUCGAUGAUUCGGUACUUCUUAUAGUACAGUAAAUGUAACUUUUCUGAUUAUUAGACUUUUAUGUAUUUUAUUAGAAAUAUAAAUUCAAUCACAAUUUGUUAAAUUUUCAGCACAU